UAUUUCGUACCGUUUCCAAAUACCAAACCGAACACUCGGUUCACUGAGAUUCCAUAUUUUGGAGGUAAUUUUUCGAUUUAGUAUUUUCUGAUUUAUUUUUUUCUGAGAUUUUAAAUCUAUUUUUACGGAGUGCCUAAACGCCUCCAGUUGGUAAACGAACCUGGUGAGCUAAUCCCGUCAUCGUCCAGGCGGCCACUUGAACUACUUCCUCGCUGAGCCAUGUGGUGAUGGCAUUCCGUCGUUAUACCACUCGUCCUUUCCCGGCGGCGUUGCAUUGGCGGCGCCGUCUCUCUUCGGCUCCUUCUAUCUCUCGCUCAUCUAAGGCCCCCAUACUCUGGAAGCCCGACGGAAUUGAAUCCGAGGAACUCGUCACUGUACAGGUAUUCUCCUGGGGUCGCGGCGCCUCAGGCCAGCUCGGCGGCGGCAUUGAAGAAAUCCGAAUAUGCCCUGCCCCCGUUGCCACCUUAUCACUCCCCCCCACUUUCCAGUUAUCUUCUCCGGUUCCGGGCCGCCUUCAUUCCUCUAACCCGCUCCCGGCCCCUCCAGAUAAUGCUUCGAUAGCUCCCGUAGAAGUUGGAAUUUCUUGCGGGAUGUUCCAUUCCUCACUGAUCGUUGAUGGGAAUCUCUGGAUAUGGGGCAAAGGAGAUGGCGGAAGACUCGGAUUUGGACACGAGAACUCCAUCUUCGUUCCAACAUUAAACCCUAAUUUGGGGUCUCUCGGGAGCGUCGCCCUGGGAGGUCUGCAUUCCGUCUCCCUAAACGUCCUUGGCCAGGUCUUCACUUGGGGGUAUGGCGGUUUUGGGGCUCUCGGACAUUCCGUGUAUACAAGAGAGCUUGUGCCUAGAUUAGUGGAGGCUUCUUGGGAUGGAGAAAUAAGUCACAUUGCCACCAGUGGAACACACACAGCUGCUAUCACAAAAUCUGGUGAGCUCUAUGUAUGGGGUCGAGAUGAAGGGGAUGGACGAUUGGGGUUUGGUCCUCACCGAGGGCCAAAUGAAGCUGGUGGUCUAAGCAUCCCGUCAAAAGUAGAAUCACUUCCUGUGAGAGUAGCUGCUGUUUCGUGUGGCGGAUUCUUCACAGUGGCACUGACUGAAGAUGGUCAACUCUGGAACUGGGGAGCUAACUCCAACUAUGAGCUUGGAAGAGGGGAGAAGGGAAGUGGUUGGAAACCACAACUAAAUCAUAGUCUCGAGGAUGUUCGUAUAGUUCAAAUUGCUAGUGGUGGAUAUCACUCUCUUGCAUUGACUGAUAAGGGUGAAGUGUUUUCAUGGGGUUAUGGUGGUCAUGGUCAAUUGGGUCAUUCUUCUCUGCAUAAUGAGAAAGUCCCUGCCAGAAUCGAGGCAUUGGCCGAUGAGAAGGUAACCUUUAUAUCUUGUGGCGGUUCUUCAUCAGCAGCCGUAACAGAGAAAGGGAGAUUGUACAUGUGGGGAAAUGCAAGAGAUUGUCAGCUUGGGGUUCCUGGCCUGCCAGAGAUCCAACCAUCUCCUGUUGAAGUUAAUUUUCUCGUGGACGAUGACGCUUUGGAGAACCAUCAUGUUCUUUCAGUAUCUAUCGGUGCUUCUCAUGCGAUGUGCCUCAUCGUUUCUAGGUGAAAUUUUUGUCACAAGUCAGCGAUAACAUAUUGAUUAUGGUCUCCUUGUGCUGAAUUUUUUUUGUACGAAUCAUGCUAGGGGCACCCCAAAUCUGAUCCCAACCUCUCACAAACAUUCAUAGACACCAUACUAUUUUCUGUCUGUGAAUGUGUAUAAGAAUGUUUUCUACUUUCAUGAUUCGAAUUAUUUUCAUUUCAGUUAAAUAAAAAAAUGAUUCGAAACAUUGUCAUUUUAGGGGAAAAAAGUUUUGGUCAUUGA